ACUGCCACAACAAAUAAAAGAAAAAGCUCUAGAAGAAGAAAAGGAAGAAGAAGCAGCAGAAGAAGAAGUCUUUCUAUUCAAUGUAGCUGAGUAGCGUAGAAUUAAUCUAUACUACUUACAGAGUCCAAUUGUUUUAUGUUUGAUAUGUAAUGUAUUGAGAAGCUGGACUGUGAGCCGCAGCGUUUGACUCGGGUUUGAACAGCAACUCGGAGAGAAUGAAGGUGAAGAUAAAGCAGUGGAGCGGGGUGGCCUCCUGGUCCUGGGUGGCUAACGAUGAAAACUGCGGCAUCUGCAGGAUGCCUUUCAACGGCUGCUGUCCGGACUGUAAAGUUCCUGGAGAUGACUGCCCACUGGUCUGGGGUCAGUGCUCUCACUGUUUCCACAUGCACUGCAUCCUGAAGUGGCUGAACUCCCAGCAAGUCCAGCAGCAGUGCCCUAUGUGUCGACAGGAGUGGAAGUUCAAAGAGUGACUCCGGUCGACUAUGUGUACUAUAAAGAUGGACACUUCACAGGAAUUCUUUUUUUUUUUUUUAACCUCCUGUAAACCGCAGAGUUUCCUAUUUGUUUAAUGCAGUGGAUAUUUUUCGUAUAAUUUCUGUUAAGUUUGUAAUAAAGUAAAUAUAACAUUG